CAAAGAAUAUACUAAAGCAUUGACGGAUGCGGAGGGCCAGUUUUCUUCAACAUUGGAAGAUGACGUACAAUCACAGCUGACAAAAUUCAAGGAAGAAAUCUCGGAACAGAAGGGCACUCAAACUAAGAGUAUUUCAGCUAAUCUAGCUUAUAUCAAAGAUUUGAUGUUUCUUAAAGUGAAGAAAGUAGAAGAUGAUGCUGAGGAUGAUGUAGAAGAUGAUGCUGAGUAUGAUAUAGAAGAUGUGAAUGAGUCUCUUAGAACAAUGACCGAAGAGGGUCCUGGAAAAUAUGCAGUGUUUGCUCUUUUCGUCCUGAUCUGUAUUAUACUGGGACUACUGGUACUAACAGUACUCAUUGGCUUACUCUCCACUGUAUUCGGCUGCUGUAAGGUAAGUGACGAUGUUCUGCCUACAGAGCGUGACUCUGGCCCCUGUGGAAACCUCCUGAUGUGUACCAGUUACUGCUCUGUAAUACUGUGCGCGUUUGCCACUCUCGUCGCUGCAAUCCUUGUUACUGUUGUUAUUGCCAGUGAGGGAACUUGCAAGCAAUACAGCGAUGGCAAGCUUAUUGGAGGGUUGGAAGACGUGGGGGAGGCACUUGGACAAGAUUUAGAUCUUGAUGAAAUGUUGAUAACUGUGCUGAAAUUAGGGGAUGAUCAAACUAUGAAUAUAGAAAAUGUGCUGGAGUUAUGCUCUCAGAAUGAAACAUUCUUUAAAGCUUUAGACUUAAAACAAGACACUAACCUGUUUGGGAUGUUCAGCUUCAACUCUAUGAAAGACGAAGUUGACAAACAAAUUGCUACCUUUAAUGUUGAAGACGCUCUAAAAGAUUUGGAUUUCGAACCAGAGCUGUUAAGUGACGAGGCAAAGGCAGAUAUAACGAGUAGUAAGAACUCUUUAAAUGAUUACGACUUUGCUGCUAUGAAGACAACUGUGGCCGACACAGAGACCACUGCGAUUACCUCUGAGAAAAUGGAUGAAUAUAUCACUGAAAUAGGAAAACUCAAAGUACAGUACACAUACAUGGCUGAAUGUGAAACUGCUUUGACAGAUAUCAAAGACACUAAAAUACCAGCUGUGGAAACUAGUAAGGCUGCACUAGAUGCUCCACUGAGCAAUAUGAUUACCAUUAAGACCAAUAUAGUGACAAAAAUAGACGAGUUAUUAGAUGCGAUUGGAAAAAUGGAUGACAGAUUCAAUUCAGAUGAUUUCAGCAUCAAAAGCAUUGUCUUGGAGGAAGUGAACAAAGCCAUAGACAAGGCUAAAACACUGGUGUCCGAGUUUAUAGACUUCCUGUACGGCCAGUUUAGGACGAGUAUCGGUAACUGCCAGCCGAUUCCAGCUGUGUAUCACACAAUUCUCAACUACACCUGUGAUGGAAUCCUUAUUCAUAUUACCCUGCUGUACUGUGGAUUGUCACUAGUUGGGAUCUCCUUGCUGUUCUACAUGUGUGUAUCACGGUGUCUGGCCCGCUACUUUAUAAAGUUUAGUCAACUCCACCCUGAAGACGAGGGAGGAAAUGGAUGCCGACUAGAAGCAUCUAGAAGGUGGUCAAGUUCACGAGUCAGUGGAACUAAGUCCGGCUACUCCGGAAAAAGGAGUGCGAGGGACGGACAAAGAGUGCUCAUAACAUCUCCAACACUUGAUGUGUCCGUGCCGGCUGACGAUAUCAUUCUCAUAUCAAACCCUACACUUACCAGAAAUACUGUCCGAACGUCCGUACCCAACCUGCCCCACACCACAUCACACCACAAGUCACCUCCGCCGUACGGUGAACAGCAGUUCGUCACGCACAUACCUGAUACGCCGCGCGCACGUGCAUCCAUCCUCCCACCACUUGAAAACAUGAUGGACUUCGCCAGUGAUACCAGUAGCUUCUAAUAUAAGUAUGAUAGAGACGAAGUUCUAGCGAAGGAGGAUCAUGGCGACUUUUUUACUCACCUAAAUUCGGAGGAGUUUACGUUCAGUUUGUAAAUUUAUUUGUAGCACACAGACGCCACAUAACACUACAAGAUAUGUCUCCUGUGAUAUAGUUGUGCGCCCUGGUAGCUUAGUUACUAGCGGUUACUAACAGUUACUAGCGGUAGUGACGCUGAACACUGGUUACUGGACGUAACUCUGAUCAUGUUUAUUUGUUAUCCUUCUUGGUUGUUGAUGCUCCAGAUAUCUCGGGGACUGCGCGAUAAGUUUAAUAUUCCACAAACUAGUUACAUUUUUACUGUAUAUUAGUAGUCUUCUCAGAGUGUUUUUAUUGGACUUUCCUGAUCAGAUGCACGUUGCUACUUUGCAUGUGGGCAGAAAUUUCAAGUAGGCAUCGCUAUCCCUCGAUUAUUCUCGAAAUUAUGACGCUGUUUUCUGUUUAAACAAUUUCUAAUGAUUUAUUAAAAGUAAUCAGAUUAAGCAUUGAAUAAGAAUUAGCGAUAAGAGCCAAUGAUACUGCAUUGAAUGAAAGCUGGUCUGAAGAAUUAAAAUUGGACACUAUA